AUGGGUGGGAAUGAACCUAAUUGUAUGAUCACAGAUCAGGAUCCAGCAAUGAAAAUUGCUAUUAGAAGUGUGUUUAAGAAGACUGAACAUCGGUUCUGUAUGUGGCACAUAAUGAAAAAGUUACCAGAUAAGGUGGAGAAAUCAAUCAUGCAAGAAGAAACUGGUUUCCUAAAAAAAUUAUGUGCUUGCGUUUGGCACCUUGAAAUUGAACCUGCUGAGUUUGAAGAAAGGUGGAACAAGGUGAUGAUUGAAUACCACUUGGAACAACAUGAAUGGUUAGGUUAUAUGUACAAGAUAAGAGACAAGUGGAUUCCGGCCUAUUUCAAAGAUGUGUUCCUUGGAGGAAUAAUGCGUACAACAUCAAGAUCCGAAAGUGAAAACAACUUUUUCUGCUCCUUUAUCAAUCCUCAUGUGUCACUUGUUGAGUUUUACUUGAGAUAUGAAGCUGCAAUUGAUGCCCAGAGACACACUCAAGAAGGUAAAGAUGAAGAUAUUCAAGACCUUGUGAUAAAUCUUCAAGGAAUAAGAAAGGAUUUGGAAGCAAAGAGGAUUGCAAGAAAUAAUGAAACAACAGCUGGAAGUGCAAAAAACAAAGAGCGAGACAUUGAGCUAUUGAUUGGAGCUAGUGUGCCAACUGAAAUAAUUGUCAAACCUCCAAAAGUUUCAAAGAAUAAAGGGACUGGAGUUCAUGUAUCAAAUGAAGAGACUUCAAAAAAGAAAGCGACUGAGAUUGAUGUGUCAAAUGUUGAAACAAGAGUCUUACAUCAUUCAAAGACUACUUAA